GUUUAACACUCCGACCACUGGAGAUUUCAUAUAACAGCUUUUACUCUAGUAUGUGGGGAAAUUAAUUAGCAGCACAUAGUCUUCCACUGGGCAGCUAGGUUACCACAAAUUCUACCCUGUCUAGAGGGGUAGGCAGAUGUGCGGUUUCCUGCUCCUUUAUUAAAACUUUCACCCGAGUUGGUCAUUGCAGUUUGGCUAGACGACUUGAUCAAGGUGAUGCUGAUUUUCACGGCUUGUGUUUUUGGGGUCAUUUUCGGGUCCCUCUGUGUGUAUACCGAUGGACGUCCAGUGAGCUGUUGCUUCAAAGUAGGACUCAGGAAACUGCCUUUUGACAAAGUGUUGAACUACAGAAUACAAACUAAACCACUGUGUCCUAUAACAGCAGUUGUGAUCCAGACAGUAUCUGGGAAAAGACUUUGUUUUGAUCCUAACAGUAACUGGACAAAGAGAGCCAUGUGGAAGGUGGAUGAAGCAAAGAAGAGGACCAGAGAGCAGGAUCCUGUACCUGCAGAAGGAGCGUCAACGGAGGGGAGCAGACAAAGGGCAGAACCAGUAACAGCAACAGAGUUGCCACUAAAUAGCCAGUGGAAUGUAGUAACAGCAAGACUGAAAGUUAAAGGUAAAGCUAAAGACAACCACAAACGGGUGUCAUAAGGGUGCCAAAGAAAUUAGAAAAAGGUUUUAUCAUGUACUGAUGUGGGCCAGGGACACUGCACUGUUGUUUUCAUAGUAUAUUUUUCUUUAGUUGAUCCAUUUUGCUAUGCCAGCACUCUCAUGAACAUGUUUAGUUUUCACCAUUGCAUUAAAGCUGCUGUCUGUGAUUUUUUUGUAUUAAAAAUUGUUUUUUAUAAAGAGAUGUCCCACCUCACCAGACAAGCUGGCCCACUCUGAAAUUGUCAAGUGCAUGAACUCAAAAAUACAAGUUUAACAGUAGUGGCCUGCUUUAGCUGAAUUCAACAUAUAUAUGUAGCCUAUAUUAGUGUAAAUUUGAAAAAGCCAACUAUCAUACAGGAUACCUCUCCAACUCUCAACUCAAGGGGCUGAUACUAAGUCUAAACAUAGUUUAAAAUACAAUAAACCUUUAUGAAUCACACUUAACAGUAUUCUUAAAGGGAUACUCCACUGUGA